GAGAUGGGGGCUUGGGCCCUGCUGCUGGGGGCCUGGGCCCUGCUGCUGCCGCUGCUCCCAGACGCUGCCCAGGCGCAGGCCCAGGCCUGUUCCGUGAGCGGGAACGUCUUCGAAGUCCAGGAGAACACAAACCUCACCGACGCCCUGGUGAACAUCUCCGUCCCCGAGGGCCAGCAGGUGACCCUCGGAUCCUCGUCCACCCCCUUCGCCUUCCGGAUCCAGGGGACUCAGCUGUUUCUCAAUGUGACUCCUGACUACGAGGAAAACACAGUGCUGGAGGCGCACCUGGAGUGCAGAAGAGGGGACACUCUGGUGACCCAGCAGAUGGUGCUGGUCAUCGUGCUGGAUGUCAAUGACAACCCACCCAAGUUCCCCUUUGAGGUCUUGGUGGAGGCGGUGUCGGAGGACACGAAAGUGAACACCACUGUCAUCCCUGAGUCCACGCUGGAGGCCGAAGACCUGGACAAAGACGACAUCUUGUUCUACACCCUCCAGGAAGUGACCCCGGGUGCCGGUGACUUAUUCUCCUUGGUGGGUGUGAACCUCCCCGCUCUGCGGCUGGACCGGCCACUGGACUUCGACAGGCAUCGGAACAUGACCUUCCGGCUGCUGGUGCGGGACACUCGGGAGGAGGACGCAGUGCCAAGCCACACGGCCACAGCCACCCUGGUCCUGGAGGUGCAGCCGGCCGACCUGCGGCCCCCCUGGUUCCUGCCUUGUGUCUACGAAGACUCUCAGUUCUGCCUCUCAGCCCAGUACCGAGGGGCUGUCCCCACAGGCUACAGACUGCCGUCCCCCCUCAUCCUGCGGCCUGGGCCCAUCUAUGCCGUGGACGGGGACCGGGGCAUCAACCAGCGAAUCAUCUACAGCCUCGUGAGAGGACAGGGGAACGAGGACGGCACUUUUGCCAUCAGUGCUGACUCGGGCAACCUCACCAUGACCAAGAGCAUCUCCAGUCCCCAGAUCUACCUUUUGCUGGUCAAGGGCGAGCAGGAGGACCAGGCCCGCUACUCAGUGACCCAGGUCACCGUGGAGGCCCGUAACGCCUCCGGGAACCUGCCCCACUUCCCUCAGGACCUGUACCGCGGCACUGUGGCUCUGGGCUCUGGUGUGGGCGUGGCGGUCAAGGAUGCAGCUGCCCCCUCCCAGCCUCUGAGGGUCUGGGCCGAAGACCCAGACUUCCCAGACCUGAACUCAGCCAUCACGUACCGCAUCACCAACAACUCCAACUUCCGAAUGAAUGGGGAGGAAGUGCUGACGACCACCAAGCUGGUGCAGGCUGGGGUCUUCUAUGCAGAGGUGGAGGCCACCAACACAGUGACAUCAGGCACAGAGGCUACAGUCCUGGAGAUCGAAGUCACCGAGCUGCAGCCCACCACCACGGGCACCCCCAGCGCCCCAACACCUACAGAUGCUGGAAGAACAACCCGGCCCGAGAGCAGCUCCACUUCGGAAGCCUCCAGGCCCCCCGGGCCGUCCCAGGGACCCUCCACGACCGUCUCUGGGGGGACCGCUGGCCCACGCCCCCCCACGAGCGGCUCCACUUCAGAAGCCCCCAAGCCCCCCGGGCCGUCCCAGGGACCCUCCACGACCGUCUCUGGGGGGACCGCUGGCCCACGCCCCCCCACGAGCAGCUCCACUUCAGAAGCCCCCAAGCCCCCCGGGCCUUCCCAGGGACCCUCCACGACCGUCUCUGGGGGGACCGCUGGCCCACGCCCCCCCACGAGCGGCUCCACUUCAGAAGCCCCCAAGCCCCCUGGGCCGUCCCAGGGACCCUCCACGACCGUCUCUGGGGGAACUGCUGGCCCACGCCCCGCCACGGGCACAACCCUGAGGCCACCCACCUCGUCCACGCCUGGGGGACCCUCCACUGAGAGAACCUCCCCCUCAUCAACCUCACCCAGUGGGGGCUCAACACUGACCCGAAACCCAGGUGGCAGCCAUGUGGAGCAGCGCUUCUCUGUGACGGACAUGGCGGCCCUGGGUGGGGUGCUGGGCGCGCUGCUGCUUCUGGCGGUCAUCGCGCUGGUGGUCCUGAUCCACAAGCACUACGGGCCAUGUGGAUGGUGCUGCUCCAGCAAAGCGGUGGAGUCCCAGGGCUUUGACAACAAGGCCUUCUUUGCGGACCCCAGUGAGGCCAGCUGGGCGCCCGCCCCCAGCACCCUGGCCAAGGCCCCGGCUGAGGUCUCACCCGAGCCUCCGAAGCUGGAGCCGCCCGCGCCCCUGUUGCCCACGUUGCCCGCCCCUGAGUCCCCCAGCUCCAUCCCCGAGUCCCCCGCAGCAGCCCAGGACGGGGACGAGGGCGGACCCGCGGGCGUGCGGUCCAUCCUGACCAAGGAGCGACGGCCGGAAGGCGGCUACAAGGCCGUGUGGUUCGGUGAGAACAAUGGGGCGGAAGCCGACGUGGUGGUGCUGAACGCGCCCACCUCGGACGUGGACCGGGCCAGCGUCUCGGGCAGCGAGGGCAGCGGCGACGAAGGCGACGGAGCCUCGGUCCUGGACGAAGCCCCCUUCCCGUCCACCUACAUCUAGCGCCCCCCAGCGGAGCAGGAUCCCAGCGGCCGCGCUGCCCCCGCCCCGCCCCGCGCUGAGCUGAAUAAAGUGACGGUUCC